AUGGUUUUCAUCCCUGGCGAUAACAAAGUUCAAAUCCCCGAACUAGCCGACACAGAGGGCCCGCCCGCCUAUACCCCCUACGAUACCCCCGCCCCAUCCACAAUUUCAGGCUCCAGCUACCCACCAGAUUUCUCCUCCCUCCCUCCUACUCCGUCCUCCUCUAAUCCCUCAACAUCUCCUCCACUCAAUAUCCCCAUCUCCAACGCCGUAUCCUCAUCCCGCUCAGUAUCCCUAUCUGGCCCCUUAAAAUUCUCGACGAGCGCUAAAAUUGUUCUCUACGAUCAUGUCACUGUACACGACCAUGUGAGAUCGAGUUCGUCUAUUUCGUUAGAUGGAGGAGAGGGGAAAGGGGGAGUUGUGAUUAUGGGAACUGUGAAGAGUAGUUCGAGUAUAGAGAUGAGAGGAGAUGUAUAUGUGCAGGGAGACGUGAAGAGUAGCUCUAAGGUGUUACUAGAGGGAAUAGGAGGAUUGGUGAGGGUUGGCGGGAAGGUGGAUACGAGCGGACAAGUUACUAUCAGGGGAGCAGUAGAGGUGGGAAAUGUGGAGAGUAGUGGCAAAAUUAUUGUUGAGUCGUUAGAAAAGCAGAGGAUUGUCUUGGGAGAUCUACAAUCGAGAGGUGGAAUGGAGAUUGAAGGGGAUGUGGAAAUUCGCAACGAGCUGAAAGCUAGCGGUAAUGUGAAGAUUAACGGAAAGCUGCAUGUUCAUGGAAACUUUACGGUCCAUGGUAACGUCAAAGUUCAGGCUGGUUCAGAACUCAUUGUGAAUGGCAGGAGAACUAUACAUGGGAAAAUGGAGAAUGCUUAA